AUGAUAAUUAUGCCUGAAACAGAGCUGGAGAUGCAACUAGAUGUCCUGUUUGAGGAUCAGCUAACAGAGAGCUCUUCGGAGCUCGAACAGAGACACCGGUCUGAUGAAGACGAGGCACAGCCCCAAAGACAUCAGCAGAGAAGACUGUUCACUCUCAUCUUUGCAGGCUUCUGUCUCUGUAUUAUAAUGAUUGGACUAAUCUACGGUGUGCAGCAUCUUCAGACCACAAGAAAAAGACAUGCAGGGCCAGUCCGGCCGUGUGAGUCCGAUGCCUGCAGACAGGCUGCAGCUCAUCUGUCUGUAUCCGCAGACCCUUUAACACGACCCUGUGACUUCUACCUGUUCACCUGUGGCUCUGACUUGAAGAGGGACACAGAACGCCCUGGUUUCCCUCAGGGCCAAAGACCAGUUCCAAAGCAGAUGGACCGGCAGCUGAGUAAAGAAAAAAGUACUGACAGGAAAAUACUGCUUCUGCAGUAUCUCGGGGAUACUUUAGAUUCUCAUGAGAGUCCAAUGAGCUCUGCAGAACAGAAAGUCCAGACGUUCUACCACUCCUGUUUAGACAACAAGUCUAUCGAGACGGCUGGGGCAGAGCCCUUUCUCACACUCAUUCAAAAACUGGGAGGCUGGGCCGUAUCAGGCCACUGGAACCAGACAGAUUUUAAUUCCACUUUGGGACAGCUUAUGAGAAAUUAUGGAACAUUUCCCUUCUUCAACCUCCUUGUGGGAAAACACCCAAAUGAAACAACUUCAAGAAAAUAUAUACAGAUAGACCAACCAGAUCUGUUGAUUCCUUUUGAAUGGAACAGUCAAUCUGAAAAGUCUGAUGUAAAGGCCGAGAUCCUCCGUCAAUUCUUUUGGAUGUGUGAGAGGUAUCUGGCUCUGUUGGGGGCACCGGUGAGCAGCCGAAUGACUCAUGUGGGAUUGUUCAUCUCUCUUUCGUCUGAACUGGCUGUGGCAGCAGCGCCGCAGGAGUAUCGGCUCGCCAAAGGACAGCUGUACCAGCGCAUAACAGUCCGAGAGCUGCAGAGCCAGGCUCCUCUGAUUGAUUGGUUGAGUUGUCUACAGACUGCGUUUGAAGCAGUGACUCUGACUGAAGAUGAGCCAGUACUUGUCCAUAAUCUACCUUACAUUGUCAAAAUGUCCCAGACGAUCAGAAAAUGGAUAAACAGGCCAGAUUACAGCAACAGAGGUCCGCUUCACACCUUUAUGCUCUUCAACCUUCUACACACCAUGAUGCCAGCGCUGGACUCCAGAUUUAGUGAAACAGUGCAGCCUCGUUGGAAGAGCUGUGUGCUGGAGACUGAGCGAGGAUUUGACUACAUUCUGACACACCAUCUAAGCAAGAGGAUACCACACGCUGAAGCCACGGAGAUCAUAGAAAACAUCUUGUCUUCUCUCAAGACCAAACUCCACGGUCUUCAUUGGAACAAUCAAAAGAGCCACAAGGCUGUAAUGAAAAAGGUCCACUCCUUCACUCCUAAAUUGUGGACAUCUAAUAAAACAAUUAAAGAACUUGACAGGUUUUUUACUGAGAUUACCGUGGGCUCAAACUUCUUUUGGAACUACGCGCAGCUUCUCUCUUUGUGGCAGAAAAGGAGAAUAAAGCUUCUGAAUGAGCAAACUGAAAGCAUUGACAUCUUGUCCGUCAGGCCGGUUCUCAAUGGAAAUGAACUUGUCUUUCCUCUGGGAAUUUUUGUUCCUCCUCUUUUUCAUCCCACUUAUCCACGGGCGAUAAAUUAUGGUGUAAUUGGUUUUCUCAUUGCAAAAGACAUCCUGCACCUGCUGCUUCCUGACAUGCAUGGCCAGUGUGACAGUGUACGUACGGUGGCAGAUUGUGUGUGGAAGCAUUACCUCGGAGCCUCGAACUGGAGCGGCGCUGGAGGCAGGUCUCUAUCCAUCGCGCAGCAGCAGGAAGUGUGGGUGCAGUAUUCGGCUUUGGAUAUUGCACUACAGGCUUAUCACAAGAGUUUAAAGAGUCGACCAAGUGACACAUCAUUGUCUGGGUUUUCACACACCGAUCUGUUCCUCAAAGCUUUCUCUCAGAUGAACUGUGAUUCAGAUCCACAGGAGGAGGCCAUGCCCUUAGUGUCCUCGUUCCUUGUUAAAGUCCUCUGCAGAAAAUCUGAGAAGUGUCACCUCCACUGCACCAGGGAUAAACAUGUCGUGGCCGAGCCCCCCUGUGCUGUUCGUAUUGCCCAUUGCUUUGGCCUUACGCCACACUUCAACGCCACACUUCGACGCCACACUUCGACGCCACACUUCGACGCCACACUUCGACGCCACACUUCGACGCCACACUUCGACGCCGCCACGUCGGUGGCCGCACGCUUCGACAACGCCACGUUGGUGGCCGCACGCUUCGACGACGCCACGUCGGUGGCCGCACGCUUCGACGACGCCACGUCGGUGGCCGCACGCUUCAACGACGCCACGUCGGUGGCCGCACGCUUCAACGACGCCACGUCGGUGGCCGCACGCUUCGACGCCACGUCGGUGGCCGCACGCUUCGACGACGCCACGUCGGUGGCCGCACGCUUCGACGACGCCACGUCGGUGGCCGCACGCUUCGACGACGCCACGUCGGUGGCCGCACGCUUCGACGACGCCACGUCGGUGGCCGCACGCUUCGACGACGCCACGUCGGUGGCCGCACGCUUCGACGACGCCACGUCGGUGGCCGCACGCUUCGACGACGCCACGUCGGUGGCCGCACGCUUUCGACGACGCCACGUCGGUGGCCGCACGCUUCGACGCCACGUCGGUGGCCGCACGCUUCGACGACGCCACGUCGGUGGCCGCACGCUUCGACGACGCCACGUCGGUGGCCGCACGCUUCAACGACGCCACGUCGGUGGCCGCACGCUUCGACGACGCCACGUCGGUGGCCGCACGCUUCGACGACGCUUCGACUCCUCCUCCACGCUUCGACUCCUCCGACUCCUCCUCCAUGCUUCGACUCCUCCGACUCAAAGCGCGCUUUGA